UCGGGCCGCGCCCCCGGCGCCGCGCCCUCCGCCGCCGCUAAGAGCCACCGCUGUCCCUUCCCGGGCUGCGCCAAAGCCUACUACAAGUCCUCGCACUUAAAGUCGCACCUGCGGACGCACACAGGUGAACGUCCUUUUGCCUGUGAUUGGCCAGGCUGUGACAAGAAGUUUGCGAGAUCUGAUGAGCUGGCCCGCCACCACAGGACACACACAGGCGAGAAGCGCUUCCCCUGUCCUCUGUGCCCCAAGCGUUUCACCCGAAGUGACCAUCUAACCAAGCAUGCCCGCCGCCAUCCGGGUUUCUGCCCAGAUCUGCUCCGGCGUCCAGGUGCCCGAAGCACUUCCCCCAGCGACUCGCUGCCCUGCAGCCUGGCUGGCAGCCCUGCACCCAGCCCUGUGCCGAGCCCAGCCCCUGCAGGCCUGUAGGGCCCCCGUCCAGCCUGCCCUGAGCACACCCCAGCCAGGCCUUGGCAUGGACCACCAGCAACUCCAGGAUACUCCUGCCAGAUGGGGUCCAUGGCAGGGGCCAGUGGAGUGCCCUGAUCUCUCCUAGCUGUUUGUGGACCCUGAAGAUGCCCCUGUCCACCUCAAGAAAGCAAAGAGGGAGUCUAAGAGUGGACCUGGGUCAGCCAGCCUUAGGGGUGGCCCUCAGGAUGGAUGACUGGGGCUUGUGUUUGUAAAUAGCCAUGAUUACUAACUUCCUUUCCCUUCUGCAGUGGGGUUCCCUGGGGGUGUAGCCAGAAGGCCCUUCCCUUCUCCACCUCCCUGCUUUCCCCCAGGGGCGGUGUUUAGGGGCUGAAGUGGGCACAGAGAAGGUGCCCCCUGCCCAAAGCAUGGACUAUGCCCCUAGGCCCAUUCCCUGCAGGUUGGGAUGAAGUGUGCAAAGAGCCAUAGAACCAGGGGUUCAUGUGGGCCCCACCUUUCCCCAUACCCCACUGAAAGCCAUUGGUGAAGUUCAGGGAAAUGGGGGUACAGCCUGGCUAACCCCCACUCGGGUUCUCAAUCUCAGGUGUCCACAGGGUUUGCCCUUGGGAAGGGGUCCCCCCAGCACACCAGGCCUCAAGGUAUGGCCAGGAAUGGGGAGGCAUUGGGGUGUCCAGAGAGGGGUCCAGGUCUUGUGAGACUUGGGGGAGGGAAGAAGGUGGAAUAGGGUUCUUCCAAAGAGAUUUUGACUCUGGGUUAGGGGUGGCGGCUCCUGAGCCAGUGCUAUCUGGCUUAUUUAUUUUCUUGUCUAUGUUGGCAUGGUGGGGCCGGGGCUUUCUCCCUCUCUCUGGGUGGGUGGGUGUAUGAGAAGAGAUUUCAGCAGAGGCUGGGGUCAUGGGCCCACCUCCCUGCCCCUGCCUGGGUAGGGUCCCAGACUCUGCUAGCCUUUGCAGAAUCUCUUGACAAUCAAUUUCUCCUGUUAGGGUGCCCCAUGCUCCCUUCCCCAGCCUGCAGGUGAGGCUGUAGAGCCAGGGCCAAUACAGUUUGCAGCUAUCCCUAGGCCCCCAGGCUUUUCCUUUCCUCUCCUCCCCUCCCCCUUUCCUUCCCUCUUACUCCUGGCUGCCUGUUGGAGGUGGUCCCUGGGUCCAGCAGUUGAGGCCCUGCCCAGAGGGUUAGCUAUUUAGCCCCUUGGGAUAGUUCGUUUUUUUGGACCGGGUAGAAUAUUUUUUCAGGCACCAAUUCCUUCUGGGCCCCUCUGGGUGGUCCCUCAUCCUCAGGGGGUGUGAGUGUGUGUGUGUGGGAUCUCUAAUCUGAACCUGAGGGGGGGGGUUUCUCUUGAGGGUGACAUGCCAUGUCUUCUCUAGGUGUCUUCAUAUCAUGGCUUGGUUGAGAUUUCCUUUUAGAUGUGGUUCUGAAGACCCCCAUUCUCCAGUGGGAAGGGUGGGACCCAGGCUCCUGGGAAGGGCCUAUCUCCCCAACUUCUAGCUGCAGGUGGAUUUUGCCUCCCUGCCCUUUUCCAGAAUCCUCCUGUCUCCCUAUUGGGGGCUUGGGUGUUCAGUGGCAUUGUUAAGCACCUGGACUCAGCCUGUAUGUGGCAGGACCCAGGGGUGGGAGCCUGGGGAGGGAAGCAGGGCUUGCCCUUCUGGAGCUGGGCUCGGAGGGUCUGCCCAGGUCAGCCUUAGGCCCUCUACCUCCCAGGGUGUCCUUGCAGGGCCACUCUGUCUGUGCCCUCGGAUUCCUCUCUGGUAGUGUUAGUGAAAUGCCUUAGUCUACAGCGGGGUGGGGGGCUGGGCCCCAUUUUCUUUGUCUUCCUCUGGAUGUCUCUUGGUCAGUUCUAGCCCUGGCAGUUAUCUGCCUAAUGGUGGGUAAGGGCUACAGGUUCCAGAAGUCCUCUGCAUCCCUCCUCCCCUCAGGAGUAGGUGGUUCUUGGGGCCUUUUUCCAGCCAUUUGGCUAUGGUUGGGAAGGCCAGGCAAGGGAGGAGGGCCUCAAGGGACUUGUGCUUUCUGUGGGUGGCAUCCCUCCCCUGCCUUGCCUGGCCUCAUCCUUGUAUUUAAUUAAUUAAACAAGCCCUUUUUUAAGUCCU